AACUGGCCGGACCGCGGCGGCGGCCGCGGGAGGGGAGGGCCGGCGGGGGGCAGCGGCGGCGGCGGCAUGGCAGGUCGACGGGUGAACGUGAACGUGGGCGUGCUGGGCCACAUCGACAGCGGCAAGACGGCGCUGGCGCGGGCGCUGAGCACCACGGCCUCCACAGCCGCCUUCGACAAGCAGCCGCAGAGCCGCGAGCGCGGCAUCACGCUCGACCUGGGCUUCUCGUGCUUCUCCGUGCCGCUGCCCGCGCGCCUGCGGUCGGCGCUGCCCGAGCCCCCGGCGGCGUCCGGAGCCGAGCCCGAGCCCGGCGAGCCGCAGCUGCAGGUCACGCUGGUCGACUGCCCCGGGCACGCCUCCCUCAUCCGGACCAUCAUUGGCGGGGCCCAGAUCAUUGAUCUAAUGAUGCUGGUCAUUGAUGUGACCAAAGGGAUGCAGACCCAGUCAGCGGAGUGCCUUGUGAUCGGGCAGAUUGCCUGCCAGAAGUUGGUCGUGGUGCUGAACAAAAUAGACCUCUUAGCUGAAGGAAAGAGACAGGCAGCGAUCGAUAAAAUGACCAAGAAAAUGCAGAAGACCCUGGAAAACACCAAGUUCCGAGGUGCACCGAUUAUACCCGUGGCAGCCAAGCCUGGGGGGCCAGAGGCCCCUGAAACAGAAGCUCCACAGGGCAUCUCAGAGCUCAUUGAGCUCCUGACAUCCCAGAUUUCCAUCCCGACAAGAGACCCCUCGGGACCUCUCCUCAUGUCUGUGGACCACUGUUUCUCCAUCAAAGGCCAAGGCACUGUGAUGACAGGGACCAUCCUCUCAGGCUCCAUCAGCCUUGGCGACAGUGUGGAGAUUCCUGCCCUCAAGGUGGUGAAGAAGGUGAAGUCCAUGCAGAUGUUUCACAUGCCUGUCACUUCAGCCAUGCAGGGAGACCGACUGGGCAUCUGCGUCACCCAGUUUGACCCCAAGCUGCUAGAGCGUGGCCUGGUGUGUGCCCCUGAGUCCCUGCACACCGUCCACGCGGCCAUCGUCUCUGUGGAGAAGAUCCCAUAUUUCCGGGGGCCCCUGCAGACCAAAGCCAAGUUCCACAUCACAGUGGGCCAUGAGACAGUCAUGGGCCGGUUGAUGUUCUUCAGUCCUGCCCCCGAUAGCUUUGACCAAGAGCCUGUGUUGGACUCCUUCGACUUCUCUCAAGAAUACCUCUUCCAGGAGCAGUACCUAGAUAAGGAUUUGGCACCCCCGGUGACAGACAGUGGUGAGGCUGACAAGAAGACGGGCCAGCCCACAGAAGGCCGCUGCCCUCGGCAGCAGUGGGCCCUCGUGGAGUUUGAGAAGCCUGUCACCUGCCCUCGGCUGUGCCUGGUGAUUGGCUCCAGGCUAGACGCGGACAUUCAUGCCAACACGUGCCGGCUGGCCUUCCACGGCGUCCUGCUCCACGGGCUGGAGGACAAGGACUACGCCGAGAGCUUCUUGCCCAGGCUCAGAGUGUAUAAGCUCAGACACAAACACGGCCUUGUAGAACGGGUGAUGGACGACCACAGCGUGAUUGGCCGCUCCCUGUUCAAAAAGGAGACCAACAUCCAGCUCUUCGUGGGCCUCAAGGUGUCCCUAUCCACUGGGGAGCUGGGGGUCAUCGACAGCGCCUUCGGCCAGAGCGGCAAGUUCAAGAUCCACAUCCCUGGUGGCCUCAGCCCCGAGUCCAAGAAGAUCCUGACGUCCACCCUCAAGAAACGGGGCCGGGCUGGCCGAGGGGAGGCAGCCAAGCAGGAAGAGGGGGCCGCACGGCCCGAGCCUGCGCAGCAUGUGGCCCUCAGCCUGUCUUUCAAGCGUUACGUCUUUGACACCCACAAGCGCAUGGUCCAGUCCCCUUGAGUGUUCAGUGACCUUGCCCAGGCCCCAGGCUGGGCUGCAACGCCAAGUGUCCGACCAGAUGUGCCUCGACCUCCUUUAGUAUGUCCAUCCCCACGACCCAGUAGACACAGGCCCCAGGCCCGGUGCUAAGUCCCGGUGACAAGCCUGAGGGGGUGUGGCGGCAGUGGCACCAGGGCUGGGGCCCGGAGGGUCUAUCCCGGCGCCUUCCCACCGACUGGGGGCCAGUGUUUCCCAGGCUGCCCCACUGGCAGCCGCGGGAAGGCCUGUCCAUGCCCUGCCGCAGGUGGCCCGGCACUUGCCAGCUGCAAAUAAACGUCCUGUGGUGUCUGCCCA